GUGGUCCUCCAAGAGCAGGUCCCGCAGAACAACCAUGAAAAGGUGAAGAGUGGUGCGGGAUUCACAGCGAUGAGGGAGCAGGUCCCGCAGGACAACCGAGAAAAGGUGAAGAGUGAUGUGGGAUUCACAGCGAUGAGUUGUUUUCUGUGCGAGGCGUGA